CACCACUACAGUCACCUCCACGGUCCACCUGACACAACUCUUGCUCUCCUCUCUUUCACUCACCAGCCAGGUCUUGCAGGACAUUAUAAACCUCUAUGAGGUCCCCUGUCUUUCAGCGAGCCCCCAAGCUUCCACCAGGUGCCAUGAGUGAAGGGAUGACUGCACUGGUAUUGGGUGGGUCUGGGGAGAUCGGCAAACAACUGGUCCGAGAACUCGUCGCCAAUGCUGCCUUCUCUCGUAUUGUUUUAGUAACAAGACGUCAGUUAGACAUUCAGAGUGAAAAGGUAGAACAAAAGAUUGUAGACUUUGAGAAGUUGGAUGACUACAAAGAAGCAUUUGGAGGAGCACAGGUUGGAUUCUGCUGUCUAGGAACAACAAGAGGCAAGGCUGGUGCUAAGGGAUUCAUUCAUGUAGACAGAGACUAUGUGAGUCAUGCUGCCCGUUUAUUAAAGGAAGGAGGCUGUUCACACUUUCAUCUGGUUUCCUCCACAGGUGCUAACAAGACCUCAAUGUUCCUUUACAACAAGACCAAAGGUGAGGCUGAGGAACUGGUAAAGGAAUUAAAUUUUCCACGUCUCUCAAUAUACCGGCCAUCGCUCCUUCUUUGUGACCGCGAGGAGUCCAGACCUUUAGAGAAGGUUGCACAGAUUGUAGUCCGAGGUUUUGACUGGCGAAACAAAAUCAGCAUUGGAACUGACACAGUCGCAAGUGCAAUGAUUUCUAACACCUUAGAGCCUCAGUCACCUACCAAGUCCGAGGAACCCAAAGUAGAAAUUUUGGAGAAUACUGACAUUUUACGGCUUGGAAUUGAUUAAAGAGGUGUUGUAAACUAUAAUAUCGUGUGCAUUUCUAGUAUUAAGUUUCAAAGUGCAUUACUGUAUAUAAUUACGGGGAAAGAACCUAAUGGUUGUAUACAUAUGCAAAGGUGCUUAAAAUAAUUUUUGUUUUUAUUUGUGCAAUAUUUUGUUUGCAUAUUCAAUGUAUGAAACACAUGCUAGUUAUAUACAGUAUUGUUGUGAUUAUAGUAACUAAAGCAGAUUAGUAACACACCCAGAGUGCUGUCUUAUUAUAGAAAGUGACCAAAUGAGUAAUGGAAUAGGAUGUAGAUUUUACACUUGGGAUGUGGGAUUGUAGAUUUAUCCUUGGGUUGUUGAUUUACACUCAGUAAAUAGGUUUACACUUGGGAUAUAGAUUUACACAUGAUAUAUGGAUUUAUACUUGGCAAGUAGAUUUACAUAUGAUACAUGAAUUUACACUUGAAAUAUAUAUCUACACUUAGAUAUGGAUAUACACUUAGGAUAUAGAUUUACUGAACACACCUGGGGUGAGGAAUUGCACAUUUGAAUACUGUAUUGUAAUAAAUGAAUCCUCCAACUAUUUGGGUCAUUAAAUGUCAGGCCUUGGUCAUGGAUGAAAGCACAACUCAAGGAGAAUUCAGAUGAUCAUUCUCUCACAACCACCAAGUGUUUUAUCAUUUGCAUUCAAACUGCAGCCAUGAUUCUUGGUUUGUUAUGCAUGUUUACACAUUACACUGUCCUUCAGGUAUAACACUUCUUUAUCCUCUAGUGUUUUCCUAACCAGCCUUCACCCUAUUGGUUAUAUUUCUCUUCAUUUAAUUUUCAAUUCCAUGUGCAGUUUUUUGGCCAGUGAUAGUAGUCUUGAACUUUAGGAAGCAUGACUGAUUAAUAGCCAAAUAUAUUUUUGAAUAUUACUGUACUGUAAUUGUCUUCUUACAGUACUGUGACCAAAGGAUCAGGUAUUUAUAGUGUGGAGGAUAAAAAGUUGUAUUCAGACCAUGAAUGGGGGGUGAUUACUGUCCUUCCUAAACCUUAACUGAUAAUACCAAUAUCAUAUGUCUCCUUUGUCAAAGAGAAUGUUGGUAAUGGGUUUAGAAAUUUAAUUGCUCAAAUUGCUUGUCAAAUGCAUUAAAUUUUGCAAUCUGAAACAUUAGAAAUACCCACGUAGCUCAGUACUUCAUAUGUCAGAUUUUUCCAGUCAACUAGGGAAGUAUCAUAAUAGGCUGGCAAUUGUCUCAUGUUCUCUGUCUGAUUUUGUUGUCACUUAACUGAUAUAAUUAGAGUACUGUAUCAUA